AUUUGGCAACACCAAUCGUGCAAUGACACGUUCCUGAGCGUGCAGGCUCCGGAUUGCAGAGUUGAACUUGAGAGUCGUAGAAGUAGCAAGGCGGGGUAUCAUGAUGAGGAACGGGUUAUCGACGGGGAGCAUCACACUUUAGCAGGAUGCCAUCGAAAUCGAAAGCCGACGUUGCGGCGUUUGCACCACAGAAACUCGAUUGUGCAACCGCUCCGCUGCCGAAGGACUGGCCUGAAGACGUGACCUACCUUACAGAUCACACUUACUCAGCUGCUGUCACCGCCGACCAAAGGACUGCCUUGAGCCGGACCGGCUCCGACGACGCUACGUGGUCACAGAUUGCCGCAAGUAACGAGGCACUCAUCCUUCCGAAUCCACUAGUCGAGAUCCGCGUAAUAACGGACGAAACCCAUCCAGCUUGCGGCCAGCGUGGACUAUUCGCGGCGCAGCACCUGGCUCCAGACCGGCUUAUAUGCAUGUAUCUUGGCCACGUCCACAAUAACAGCCUUUCCGACACAGAUCCACAUAGUGACUACGACCUCAGUCUCGACCGGGAGAUCGGUCUGAGCGUGGAUGCCGUUCGGUCGGGAAACGAGAGUCGUUGUGCAAACGACUACCGCGGCAUUGCUGAGAGGCCCAACGCUGAGUUCCGAGACUGCUACAUUCAAGUCGUGUGUGCGAAGCGGAAGGACGGUAUGAAGUGGGAACGAAGGGUAGGCAUCUUUGUGCUGAGCGCGGGUAAGGCUGGAAAGCGGAAGGGUGGAAUCAAGGAUGGUGAGGAGGUCUUGGUGAGUUAUGGGAAGGGGUUUUGGGAGGGUAGGAAGAUGAUGGCCACAUUCCGAAAGGAUGAAGUGAUGCUCAAGACCGCUCAGUUGGCGCUGAAUGCUUGAGUCUCGCAUUCCUUGCACCUUAUCUUACAUUGCAUUUUCUGGCUUUCAUCAAGAGACACAGCGAUUUGCCAACUGCCAGGAUGCUCGUCGCGAACGUCGUUGCCAGGAAAUCGUGGGAAGCUGUUUACACUUACAUUCCGCGGUACCAUCACGAGACACGGUCACCAUACCAGAUCCAGCCACGUCCGAAAGCCCGAUUGCUGCUGGGCGAAGCAAGAUCGAAAGGGACUGAGCGCAGGCCUCGGCUGCACCGACCGGCGUAGACGUUGGAAUCGGGAUCGAAAGUGCCUGUUUAGAGGUGUGUCGGAUCACU